GAAGCCCCCUCGGAGGCAGCGCCGCUCGGCGGGGAUCGCCCCGCUGCCGCCCAACAUGGAUACGUUUCCUCUCCUUUGGGGAUUUGUAUGUCUCUUCGUGGCCGGAUCGGGAGCCCUGGCGCAAGCAGCUCAAUCGUGCGGGGGCCGUUUGAAUUCCAAAGAUGCUGGCUACAUCACUUCACCUGGCUAUCCGCAGGACUACCCCUCCCACCAGAACUGCGAGUGGAUCAUUUACGCCCCAGAGCCCAAUCAGAAGAUUAUCCUCAACUUCAAUCCUCACUUUGAAAUCGAGAAACACGACUGCAAGUAUGACUUCAUCGAGAUCCGAGACGGGGACAGCGAUUCAGCCGACCUGCUGGGGAAGCACUGUGGAAACAUCGCUCCCCCAACUAUCACAUCAUCGGGCCCUUCUCUGUAUAUUAAAUUCACCUCCGACUAUGCGCGCCAAGGGGCCGGCUUCUCCCUGCGCUACGAGAUCUACAAGACAGGUUCAGAAGAUUGUUCUCGAAACUUCACCAACUCGAACGGUACCAUUGAAUCCCCGGGAUUUCCUGAUAAGUAUCCUCAUAAUUUGGACUGCACUUUCACCAUCAUGGCCAAGCCAAAGAUGGAGAUCAUCCUUCAAUUUCUAACCUUUGACCUCGAAAAUGACCCUUUGCAAGUCGGGGAGGGUGACUGCAAGUAUGACUGGCUGGACAUCUGGGAUGGCAUUCCUCAAGUCGGCCCCUUAAUCGGCAGGUACUGUGGCACCAAAACCCCGUCAGAGAUCCGCUCAACAACCGGCAUCCUGUCACUCACAUUCCACACAGAUUUGGCAGUGGCUAAAGACGGCUUUUCAGCGCGCUAUUACUUGGUUCAGCAGGAGGCGCCAGAGAAUUUCCAGUGCAACAUUCCCUUGGGGAUGGAGUCUGGCCGGAUCUCCAAUGAACAGAUCACCGCCUCCAGUACUUACUCUGACGGCAGGUGGACCCCGCAGCAGAGCCGGCUCAACAGUGACGACAACGGGUGGACGCCCAAUAUGGAUAACAACAAGGAGUACUUACAGGUGGACCUUCGCUUCCUGACAGUGCUGACCGCCAUUGCCACCCAGGGCGCCAUCUCUCGAGAAACACAAAAUGGCUACUACAUCCGGUCGUACAAGCUGGAAGUCAGCACAAAUGGGGAGGACUGGAUGAUGUAUCGGCAUGGCAAAAACCAUAAAGUAUUCCAGGCAAACACCGAUGCUUCGGAAGUAGUUCUCAACAAACUCCACGCUCCCGUGUUGACUCGGUUUGUACGGAUCAGGCCCCAACUCUGGCACAGCGGAAUUGCCCUCCGGUUGGAGCUUUACGGCUGCCGUAUCACAGAUUCACCCUGCUCCAAUAUGUUGGGGAUGCUUUCCGGGCUCAUCCCAGACUCCCAGAUCUCUGCUUCCUCCACCAGAGAAUAUCCCUGGGCCCCCAGCGUCGCCCGCCUGGUCAGCAGCCGCUCGGGAUGGUUCCCCCGCAUACCUCCAGCGCAGCCCGGGGAGGAGUGGCUGCAAGUAGACCUGGGGGUCCCGAAGAACGUGAAAGGGGUGAUCAUUCAAGGAGCUCGCGGAGGGGACAGCAUCAGCGAAGCCCGAGCUUUUGUGAGGAAGUUUAAAGUGGCUUAUAGCUUGAAUGGGAAGGACUGGGAAUUCAUACAAGACCCCAAGACGAUGCAACCUAAGAUAUUCGAAGGAAACAUGCACUACGACACCCCCGACGUCCGAAGGUUUGAUCCUGUCCCAGCACAAUACAUCAGGGUUCAUCCCGAAAGAUGGUCUCCAGCAGGAAUCGGGAUGCGCUUGGAGGUGCUGGGGUGCGACUGGACAGAUGUAAAGUCCACCGCAGAGACACUGAAGCCCACCUUGAAAAGCGAGGAGACCACCACACAGUUCCCCCCGGAUGAAGAAGUCACAGAGUGUGGUGACAGCUGUAUGGACAAUGGAGAUUUCCAGCUCCCCAUAGGAUUCAACUGCAACUUUGAUAUUCCCGGAGACCUUUGUGGUUGGACGCAUGAUGCAUCUACAGGGUUUACGUGGACUUUCCAUUCAAGAAACACCUGGACAAGCCACAUGGGACCAGGCAUCGGGGCCUUCCCAGAUGCCAGGCAUUAUUUGAGGCUGCAGAGCAGCGCGAGAAGAGAAGGGCAGCACGCCCGGCUGGUCAGCCCUGUGGUCUUCUCACCCCGCAGCACUUUGUGCAUGGUGUUCCGGUACCAGCUUUCCGGUGGGAUGGGGACAACGCUCCGGGUGUUACGGGAAGCGAUCCACGAGAUCAACCUGCUGUGGAUGGUCAGGGAGGACCAAGGGGAUGAGUGGAGAGAGGGCAAGAUCCAGCUGCGGGGCUACGGCUUGGAGUAUCAGAUCGUGUUUGAGGGAAUUAUAGGCGAAGGACAUUCAGGAGAGAUUGCCAUCAAUGAUGUCCGAAUAGGCACCGACAGCUCCCUGGAGAACUGUAUGGAACCCAUCUCAGCUUUUCCUGAUGAGCACACUUUUGGGAUUUCAGGGGGCACCCUUCUGCCAGGGAGCGAGCCCACAGUGGACACGGUGUCAGUGCAGCCCAUCCCAGCCUACUGGUAUUACGUUAUGGCCGCCGGAGGUGCUGUUCUGGUGCUGGUCUCCGUCGCGCUGGCCCUGGUGCUCCACUACCACCGCUUCCGCUAUGCGGCCAAGAAGAGCGAUCACUCCAUCACCUACAAAACCGCCCACUAUGCCAACGGGGCCCCUUUGGCAGUGGAGCCCACCUUAACGAUAAAACUAGAACAAGACCGCAGCUCGCAUUGCUGAGAGUUCGGAAACAGGAAACACAACAGACAAAAAUUUCUAAAGACUUCAAAAUACGUUGCCUCAAUUUUGCACUUUUUUCUCCUUGCCCAGCAUAUAUGUGAACUCGAGACAUCUCUUCUCCCCAGCCCCCACCCCAUUGUGUUCUUUUUACAAACUCUUAACUAUAAUGCUGCAUCUUGGAUCGCCAGAAGAGACUUGCUUCUCCCCUGUCUCUUUGAAAGUGAAUGCUCCUUUAUUAUUAUUUUUCAAAGACUUAUUUUUCCCCCCAGUGGACAACUUGCAAGAAAAGAGCAAGUUAGGAGGGGUAUGCAAGAGUAUAUGUGUGUGUGCUUGUAUAUCUUUAUCUAUAUACCUGUAUGUAAGUGUGCAUGUGUGGGUGACAUCAGCUGAACGGCCAUUCAGAAAGGGCCUUUGGAACUUGCUCGUACUCCUCCAACUUUCACAAGGAGUGCUUUUUUUUUUUUACCCUCCCCUUCCUCAUGGGAAGGCCUGGGAAUACCUUUCUGAUGAUGAAUACCCCAGUUUUGUUUAUUCGGAGAAGUGAACGAUGCUUUUUGUUGCCUUAUCUAGCAUGGGCUGGGUUUAAUCGGUAUCGACAUGUAUCCGACCGCUCUACCGAGCAAUGUUUGAACCCUUCCUCCACUCUAAGGGGUCUUCCUUCAACU